AUGACCUCCACCGCGACAACCCUCGUCGCUGGCAAGGUGGCGGCGGCGGCGGCGACGGCAGCGGCUGUACGCGGGAGGCCCGCCGUUCGGGGGGUAUUCACCCUUCUCCCUCUGCAGUCCAAGAAGAAGGCCUUCUACUCUACCUCUUCUGCUCCCUCCCAGCCGGACCCUCGUUAUGACAGCCCUAUAAAUGCUCCUCUAUCUACCCUUCCCGCCCAUCUCGACCUCCCACCGCCUCGUAAACCCGGUGAAAGUCUCUUCGGUUACUACUUCAAAAUAGGAAAGGGUUAUCUCUCCUUCUACAAGACCGGUCUCAAAAAUGCUGCCUGGGUCAAUCCCCGUCUUGCGGGUCCCGUCAUGUCCCGCUGGAGGGACGAUAGAGGUUAUGCAGGCAUCGUCCAGAAUAAAUGGAUAACUCGAAGUGAUCUCCAGCUCCUCAAGCGAAACCAGCACGACUUCCGCCGUAUCCCCCUCUUCGCCGUCCUCUUCACCGUCUGCGGCGAAUUCACUCCCUUCGUCGUCGCCCUGUUCUCCAACAUAGUCCCCAUAACCUGCAGAAUCCCCUCCCAGAUCGAAUCCGACCGUAAAAAGAGAGAACACCGCAUAAAGGCUUCCUUCGAAGCCUUCCUACCCUCCACGAGCGUCAACAGACCCGUCGAAGGUUUGGAUAAACUAACAUGGAAGGAAAAAGUCCAUUGUUCGACCGUGGUGGGCAGGCAUUCGGGUUUAUGGCCUUCCAGGAUCUUACCGCUCCCGUUCGGAUUUGUCCUGCAUAAGAGGUUGAGCCGCUAUGAGGUCUACAUCUCUACGGAUGAUCUGUUGAUCGCAAAGGGUGGAGGUGUGAUGAAGCUAAGUCCUCCGGAGUUGGGGAUUGCUUGUGUGGAUCGUGGCAUAAGAGUGCUGGGUAAAUCAGAACAACAGCUCAGGGCCGAGCUGCAACGGUGGCUCACCGAUAGCAAGAAAGGUGUCACAAUAUGGGAACGGUGGCUUGCCCUCCCAACUUCAUAA